AUGGUAAGAGAGCCGAACUGUGAUUUUUGAAUUUCCAUGUUGACAAGUGUGUAUCAGGUGUCUUUACCACUCAUUAAAACCGUCUAAUAACUGUCUGCGUUUAUUCUAUCACCACCCAAGAGAAGGAGUCUUGCUCCGAGUCAGCUCGCAAAAAGGAAGCAAGGAGAAGACUGCAGAAAAGAUGAUGAUGACUGGACCUGCGAGACUGUAAGUCAACGAACACAGAAGUUGUUUUAAAGAGUUUUCAUUUAAAGCUGUUUAAAUUGAUCUGACAUGAAAACCUUUGAAAAGUAUGGUCCUCUGUGUGCUGAGAGAGACUAUAGGAGAGAGUGGGGUAAGUUGAGCCACCCCCUGUUGCUUGGAAACGGUCAAAGAAAUUGAUCAUGUGACCAAAUAUUUAGAAGAUGGGCAUCAAUUCAUGGAGUCUGUGAAGGUUAGAAGCUCAUGGGUGAAGGGGUUAGACAUUUAUUUAAAAAAAAAAAAAAAUUCACUCUUGAAAGUGAAUUUAGUCCGUCAUAAGUUUUAUUAGAAUUGUGUUUAGACCAAAAAAGAUCAUUUUAAAUUAGUUUUAUACAUCAAUUGUGGUAUCUAUGAGCUACAACAUAAGGUCAAAAACCUAACAUAAUAGUCCACCAUUAUAGCUUAGAGGACUAAUAAAGUCAUAAUUGUAGUUCUAGGGUAAGUUGAGCUUGAACUGAGAAAGUAAGAGUUUCAGUUCCGAUUAUUGUAAUGUUUUACUUCUUCUUUUCUAAAAUACAGCUGUGAAUGUUCUGAAUCACUUAAAGGCAUUCUCACGUUAAAAUGGCUUUUUACAAAACAGCUUUUUAGCAGUUAUGUGCUAUAAAAAUAAAAAAAAUGAUUUAUUCAUUAAUUAUUGUACCAGUUGAAUAGUGUAUAAUAGAUAAAAAUACUCAUGAAUGUGAAGAAGUGACUGUUAUUUAGGGAGAGAGAAGAUGAGGGAGGGUAGGGGUGAAGACGGGGGUGAAGACGGGGGCAACAAUGUUGUAAAACAUGUCUUAAAACUUUAUGAAGCAUAAGUAAUUCCACUUUUAUUCAGCCUGAGCUAUUGUUGAUCUGUCAUAGAAGAGUAACUUUCAUUGCAUCUUGUAAUGUUACAUAUUCUAAGCAUGCACUUUCCCAAUUAUGUAAAACAUAUUUGCCAUUACUUUGGAGCAUUGACUUUAUGGCUUAGCCUGCAUGUUUAUAAUUCUCUGAGCAAUUUUUUCAGCUUGAAUUUGAUGUGGUGAAAGUGAUGAAAAGUUUAUUUUUUUUGUUGUUGUUGUUUUUUUUUUUUUUUUGCUUGAAGCAUUAUAAUGUGAUCAUGAAGUGUGUGUGAGCAGAAAUGGACUGGAACUGAAACAUUUUGUGAUGCUUGUUUUGUUUUUUUUCAGGAGAAAAAAAGGAAAGGUGACAGAGAGAAAAAGGAAAAGGAUAUUUCUGUUUUCAGAAAACCUCUGAUACAGCUCAACAAUCGGCCUACAUGUUUGGAUGGUGACAAACAUGUAAGUGUUAUUGAAAACCACCUGACCUUACCUUUGUGUACUUUUUAAGAUGUUCGAUGAUAAUAUUAUCAGGCCUAAAUGAUGAAAAAUGUUUUUACAGGAGGCUUUCAUACGCAGUAUCCUCUCUAAGCCGUUCAAGAUUCCUAUACCAAAUUACACAGGUAACGUUUUUAUUCAUUACGACUUCUUGUUAACAUUCCUCUCCAAUACUAAAAAUGUAUCUUUUCUACUGAUUUUGAUUACGUAUACACAGGCUCUUUGGGAAUCAGAGCUCUGGGUCUGAAACGGGCAGGAGUCAGAAAGGCCCUUCAUGAUCCCUUUGCAGAAGAUGCUUUGAUUCUUUACGAACCUCCAAACUUGAGUGCUCACGACCUCAUCAAAGCUGAGAAGUAGGUUAAAAAUGCUCAUAAUCAUUCAUCGCUUUGUUGUUUUGCAUGAUCUUGAUGGUUAGUCCACACAACCAACAUAAGCCAAGUUAUCCAAACUAUAUCCUCCAUAUACUCUAGCUUUACAUUAAAUGAGUGUAACUAGUCCUCUUAAAUGAAGAGUCCAGGUCUCACCAGACUCUGAGCUCUUUUUGCAGCGACGAAACAGCUGUUUGAGAAAACAGCUUUAUUUUGUAGCCAAACAUUCUUUGUUAUUGAACAGAAUCUGAUGCAUAUUUUAAAAAAUUGAUGUUCGUGUUUUAUUAUUAUGAGUAAGUGUAAUUAUAUUAAAUGAUCAGUACUGGUCAGACGUGCGGAGUAACAGGUGCAGGCUAUGUCUUGGACAGCUUAAACUUUCCUAAAACUCUAUCAUGUAUUGCCAAAUAAAUACUUCAAGUUUUUUUUCUAAUGAAAACAAAUGCUGAACAAGUUUUUUUUUUUUUUAUUCUGUCCAGAGAAAAACUGCCGGUCCAUGUUGUUGUCGAUCCAGUUUUGUCAAAAGUUCUCAGGCCCCAUCAGAGAGAGGUAAACUUGAAAUUUUGUUUUCUAUCUUUCAAAAAAAUGUUAAAGUGCCAAUAAACUUUUAGAUUCCCAAAAGUGUUAUUCAGUAGAAAUUUAGACUUUUUCAUCGCUUAAGCAGCCUUUAGUUUUGAGUCUUCUACACUUAAAUAUAUGGAGAAGUAGCUCAUUCUUUGUCAAAACAGUAGCUAAGCAAAAACUCAAGAAAUGGGUGAGCCACUGACUCUUUUCGGAGCUUUGGAUAACUCCUAGCUCCAAUCCUUAUUUGUAAAAUUAUGUUUUCUUUGUAAUUGAAGUUCUUUAUUGUCCAUGUUAAAUACUAAAAAACAGUUUUUUUUCAUUUAAUUGAUAAUGAAUGCUUCUGAUUUUUUGAGGGGGUGAAGUUCCUGUGGGAGUGUGUGACAGGCAGACGGAUCUCAGACUCAUUUGGCUGUAUCAUGGCUGAUGAGAUGGGCCUUGGGAAGACCUUGCAGUGCAUCACCCUCAUGUGGACCCUGUUGCGCCAAAGCCCUGAUUUUAAGCCAGAGAUAGACAAGGCUAUUGUGGUUUCACCUUCUAGUCUGGUGCGCAACUGGUACAAUGAAGUAGGAAAGUGGCUGGGAGGACGUGUCACACCAGUGGCUAUUGAUGGAGGUUCAAAGGAGGAGAUCGACAGACAACUGGGUAGUUUUUUCAAUUUCUUUUUUGUUUCAUGAUGUAUACCCUAAAUUCAUCAUAUUUUAGUCACUUAAUACCCUGUAAUAGUUUGACAAAUCAAAGUUCAUCUUGGCUCAAAUCUUACCCCUCGUUCAGUCCACAGAUAAUAGUUUGUCUUUGGUAUAGAUCAACAGUAAACCUGUGUUAAAGUAAUUGAACUAGAUUAUGACCUCUCUUAUGACAAUGUACUUCCCCAGAGCCCUGUGGUAUAAACUUAAACAGUAUUAGCAUUUUAGUCUCUUGAAAUCUGAAUCUAAUCCACUGCUGAACAAGAAUCCUAUCACGAGGACAGGGUCGGUUUGUAUCCAUGAGAGGAAGUUUAAUUCAGGUUGUCUUUGUAUUUGAUUAAUUUUGAGUAUUGAAAUCUGGUUCAAACUCUGCUGACUUAAGUUAUUACUUUGGAUUCAAGUCUCUUAAAAUGUCAUCAUGCUUCUGUUUCUUCAUGAUGUCUCUUUUUUUACCAGUGAACUUCAUCUCUCAACAUGGUCUGAGAGUACCAACCCCAAUCCUGAUCAUCUCAUAUGAGACGUUUCGACUGCACGCUGAGGUUCUCCACAAGGGCAAAGUUGGACUUGUCAUCUGUGAUGAGGUAUUCUGUCUAUGAAACAUCAGAGCUGUCCAGGAUUGUGGACUUCUGUUUGUAACAUCAACUUUGUGCACUGUAGGGUCAUCGGCUGAAAAAUUCCGAAAACCAGACAUACCAGGCCCUCAAUGCCAUGAGCGCUCAGAGGAGAGUGCUUAUAUCAGGAACUCCCAUCCAGAAUGACCUGCUAGAGUACUUCAGCCUGGUCCACUUUGUUAAUGCGGGGAUCCUCGGUGAGCAACCCUGCAUCAAAGAAAAAUAUCAACAAUAAGAACCUGAAGUGAAACAUGUUGACUUAUUUCUGCUUGUUUGCCCUCAUUUUGAUGUUCAACUUGAUUUCAGGGACUGCCCAGGAGUUUAAAAAACGUUUUGAGCUCCCCAUCCUCAAGGGGCGAGAUGCAGAUGCUUCAGAUAAAGACAGACAGACGGGGGAGGAGAAACUCAAAGAGCUCAUCAGCAUUGUCAACAGGUGUGCUUAAACAGUCCUACAUUUUUAUUUCACUCUUCUCCUUUUUCCCUUUUCCUUUCAUAACCUCUUAGAUGUCAGGCUUCUUCUUCUAAAUUUGUUAUUGUUGAUUUUUGAUUUCUACAUUUUUUCCCAAAUUCCCAAGUUUUUUGGUGCCAUACCUUUCCUUGUGGAUGUUGUAUUUGUGUGUAGAUGUUUAGUUUGUUUCUGUGUUUACCUGACACUACUCUACUGAUUAUAAGAGGCUGGACUGUGACGGUCAGCGAGGCUGAAAACAGGGAAACUAUAAACCUAAAAAUUCUGUCUGUUCUCUUCUCUUCUCUUCUGCAUGACAACUCUGUGGCAUUAAUAUGGUAUUUAAAAUCUGGGUUGUUUAAAUAUGACAUUUUAAUUUGACCAGACGUACCUUCACCAGUUUUUGAAUACCUGUCUAAACGUUUUUAUUGUCCUUCUUUUAAAUUGAGAUUUGCAGUCUUGCAAUUUGUACUUCAUCCAGCAUUUACUGAAUGACACAAAACCAUUUAUGAUUCGUGGUUUCUUUGUUGUUUUUAACCGUUUUUUUUUUUGUUUUUUUUCUGAGAACACAGCCUCUUUAUCCCUCCUCCUGUGUUAGGGUCUGUACCGACCCGUUUUGGAUUUUAAAUGCUUCAAAGAACCACAUAAAUUAGCUUUUUUUAAUCAAGACUUUAUGACUUUGUCAGGAACCUCUAUUUUAACAAAAUAAAAAAUAUAUAUAUAAAAGACUAAAUUAUAAAAUGCGCUUAUUAAAAUGACCUGGUUAGAUUGAUAUCUUUUAAUUAGAGCAAAAACUUGAAAUCAUAAGUGCACUGUCAGGCACCACACUGAAAGUCAGAUCCUCUUCCAAUCAUGUAAAAUUUAGGAAAUUCUCAUUUUGCCUGUUUUUCCUACACAAAAAACAACGUCGAUCAUGUCCAGACAUGUAAAAUCAAUUCAGUACAGGGGUAUACUGUGUGAGGGGUAUACUCACAAAGAAAGGCCCAGAGGCCCACUACAAAAACUAUUAUAAGUAAUAUUUUCAUGGAUAAUGAAGUCUAACAAGGUAACCUAGAGAUGAGAGCCAAAUUGGAUGAUAGAGAAUUGUUUUUAGUGUAAUUUACAGCUGAUUUAAGACACGAGUCAAAACCGACCCUUAACAUUAUGGGUACGUAGUAAAAGCUAACACAGGAGGAAGGUUAUGCUUACAUUUGUGCUACUCUUCAUACAUGAUAGGCUAGUAUUUAGUUACAUAAUUACAUGAAUGUCAAAACAGUACAAAAUUUAAUACUGAAAGCGUUUUUUCAACAGAUCUAUUUUCUUUCUUUUCUGAAAACACUUCUGCAAAAAUAUCUUGAUUGUUUUAUUUAUGUUGAAAUGUUCAAGGUCAAAAUCUCAACAUACUGACAGUGUUCUCCCUUCACAGGUGUUUGAUAAGGAGGACAUCAGAUAUCUUGUCCAAAUAUCUGCCUGUGAAGAUUGAGCAGGUUGUCUGUUGCAGGUGGGUUGAUUUACUUUGUUUCUAUAUUAUUGACGUGUCUGUGUUACAGUAAAGAGAUUAGUUGUUAGUGUUAAAACACAAACGCUUCUAUGCCAAAGUUUCAGAACCAAUUCCAAAAUUAAAAAGUUUUUUACUAAGUUUUAUUACCUCAAAAACACAGUUUUAUUAAAUAUAUGUAAUUAGAAAACUUCCCCUGACAGUUAAAUGGCAGACGUGCUUCAGCAGGGUUUUAGCAGUCAUAUGCUGCACAUUUACUGAGUGAUGAUGUGUGUUAAUGACAUGAUUUUUUUUUUUUAUUGAACAGUAUUUAAUAUAAGCUACACCUUUGUUGUCUUUGUUCCUGGUAGGCUGACUCCUCUGCAGUCUGAGCUGUACAAGCGUUUCCUCAAGCAGGCCAAACCUAUUGAGUCAUUACAAGAGGGAAAAAUAAGUGUCUCCUCCCUGUCCUCCAUCACCUCCCUCAAGAAACUCUGCAAUCGUAAGUUCAGAAAUCAGUAACACACAUUCUGUAAAACGCUGCAUCCCUGCCAGCAUGUAAGUGAUCAGCAAAUAACUAUUUUACAAAUUGAAGAGGUAAUUUUACAGAUACAUCUCUGAAAUCACACAAAGAGUGGAGGAAGCCAAGGCUGUGUUCAUACAACUUGAUUGUAUCUGUAUUCCUUCUUGGAAAAAUGCUGACCAUGCUCUGUUUCCCAGACCCUGCUCUUAUCUAUGAGAAAUGUGUGAGCGGUGAGGAGGGCUUUGAGGGAGCACUGGAUCUGUUUCCACCUGGUUACAGCACCAAAGCCGUGGAGCCUCAGCUCUCUGGUAAGAACAUGUGCGACACAGCUGGAAGACAAAACCCUGAUAGAAAUCAGACCUGUCCGGCACCAAGGAACCAAAUGAUUUCCUUACCUUAUUUUUCCUUUUUCCACCCCUGUAUCUCAGGGAAGAUGCUGGUCCUUGACUACAUCCUGGCAAUGACCAAGAGUACAAGUAGUGACAAGGUUGUUCUUGUGUCAAACUACACUCAAACACUGGACCUCUUUGAAAAGCUGUGCAGAUCCAGAAGGUGAACUAUGUGAAACCACCAAAUGUUGUUGGUAUUAUGUAAGUAACACAUUUAAGUGAGCGUCAUCACACCUCUCCUUCUCCCUCAGAUACCUCUAUGUCCGACUGGAUGGCACGAUGUCGAUCAAAAAAAGGGCAAAAAUUGUGGAAAAAUUCAACAGUCCAUCUGUGAGUAGAGAACUGUGGUCAGCUUUAUAGUUUACCUAGAGCAGCAUUCCUCCAAUGUCUUAAUACAUUCGUCUUUUUCAGAACCCAGAAUUCAUCUUCAUGCUGAGCAGCAAGGCCGGUGGAUGUGGCCUAAAUCUGAUCGGUGCUAAUCGCCUGGUGAUGUUCGAUCCUGACUGGAACCCAGCAAAUGACGAACAGGCGAUGGCACGGGUGUGGAGAGAUGGCCAGAAGAAGACUUGCUACAUCUACAGGCUGCUAUCAGUAAGUUGAACACAGCUCAAACAAUGCAGGAAAGUCAAUACUCAGAAAUACUCUCCUAAUGAGAUACGACUUGCCUCGACAUAGCGGAAUAACCAAAUUGAAGCAACGGGGUGUUUUAUACAGUUUCAAAUAAUUGGUUUGGAGAGUUUUUAAGUUUGAUCUUGGUGUUUGUUUGCUCACAGACGGGGACGAUUGAAGAGAAGAUCCUGCAGAGGCAAGCCCACAAGAAAGCCCUCAGCAGUUGUGUGGUGGAUGAAGAGCAGGAUGUGGAGCGCCAUUUUUCCCUUGGAGAACUCAGAGAACUCUUCAUCUUCAAUGAGGAGACCAACAGCGACACACAUGACAAGUAAAACAAAUGACUCUAGCUAUAUUUGUCUAACCUGCUUAGAGUUGUAAUUGGGUGAGACAAUCCUGAUUGACUGGCUGAUGGUUAUAAUCUGAAGACUCCCAAGGUUUUAUAAUCAAUAUUGACUCAGUACAACAAUAAUUUAUAAUGUAGAUUUAGAGAAAAAAACAGCCAAACCUAUUUCAGUGUCUAUAAGAGUCCAUGGCUGCUCUUAUGACUUUGGUGUUAGCGGCUGUGCUUUUUAAAAUUGAUUUAAAAACUCUAAACAAUAAUGGCGUCCUCUACUAAGAUUAAGGUUGCUGCUUAAUUUCCUGAUUGCAGAUCAAAGCUCUUGAACUUGGGUAUAAAUUUUUCCUUAUCACUUUGGUGACUGUUGGGGAACACAGUUUGCUUAGGAACAAAGCCCAACUGGUAGCCUUGGACAGCAUCUUAAGGGGUCAAUCGAUAGGGAUCAGAUCUGGAGACCGCCUUAUGAACCGUUGGUAUUCAUCAAGCUGAAACAAGCAAAAAAACUACAUGUUUCUAAAGUUUAAAGUUCAGUAAUUAUGACUUGAUUUUUUUAACAAUACUUAAAGAACAGAAAAGCACUUAUUAGGGCAAAAAAUAGAAUUGGAUCCAAUUACUGUCUAAAUUAGGUCCGCUUAUCUUUGAUAGACAUUUUUGUGCAGGUUAAAUGCCAGUUGAAAUUAAGCGAUCUUAAAUAUUGUGUCACUGUGUCUGACAGAAUAACUGCUUGUCGUUAUUUAUAACUGAUUGAAACGAUCUCUUUUUUCCUCUCGUGGCUUUGCUAGAUUUCGCUGUCGCCGCUGUGUGAAUGGCAGGGAGGUACGGCCUCCUGCAGAGGACUCUGACUGUACCAGUGACCUCUCUCAGUGGAACCACUGCUUUGACAAAAAAGGACUGAGGGACCAAGUGUUGAAAGCCUCCUGGGAUGCUGCUGUGUCUUUUGUCUUCCACCAGCGCUCUCACGAGGACCAGAAGGGUGUAUUAUAG